CGGACUACCACACAGGAAAAGCCUCCCCUCGUCGCCCUACCACACCAUCAUAUCAUCACGCCCCGGGGCUGUAAAAAGCUUGGCGAAAUGCGCUCAAAAGGCCUCCCCCCCUCCUCUCAUUUCGGCUCCGCCCCCCGGUCGGUCCCCCCACGCAGAGCUGCCGAAGCACGCCAUAAUAUAUUGCGGAGCACCGAGCGAACGGGGAGCUUCCAUGAUCACCACACCAAAACCUCCCACACAAACCACAGGGCAAUCCCACGCUAUCUAGAACCGUGUGAUAUCUAUCCCGUUAGCUGUUGCUUCUAGUCUCAUUAUUCAUCUUCAGACUGGUGUGGUUUGCGUGGUGAAGGAGCGUUUCAGAAGUUUGGAAGAAAGGAUGCCUCUGAAGUUUGAGGCAGCAUGAGUGAGUGUGGAAGGGAGAGAUACAUGUUUGAGUUUAAUCUGCCACUCCUCUUCUCCUGCUAUUGUUCAGAGUCGGCAAGGGAAUUCUGUGCCUGGUGAUCCUUCUCCGGUUUAGGAGGAGGUUAGUUCUGUGUGCUUGUUGCUGUCUUGCUGAGUCGGGGUGGUCGAUUGAUUGACACAAAUGCUAGCGUCUGGGAGAAGGCUGCUCCUCGUGUGCACAAGCUUUGUGAUUCUUUUGCUUCUUGCGCCGUCCAAUGGCGCCUCAAAUUCCACGGAGACUCUCAAUCAGAGCCACAACAAGACUGGGAGUCCUUUGGAGAUGACACCCAGAGUAUCAUUUCAGCUCAAGCUACACGCAUUGUUCCAUUGGUCUUCGUUCGGUUUCUUGAUGCCAUUAGGGAUAAUACUAGUUAGAAUGUCAAGCAAAUCACAAAACGGCGGAUGCAUCCGACUCGUCUUCUAUUGUCAUGUGAUUUCGCAGGUUGCAGCUGUCCUUCUUGCAACAGGUGGCGCGGUACUGUCGUUGAUGAACUUUGAAAACGCAUUCAGUAACAGUCACCAAAGAGUAGGAUUGGCACUGUAUGGAGUCAUGUGGCUCCAGCCAAUUAUCGGUUUCUUCAGGCCAGAAAGAGGUGUUAAGGUGAGGAGUCUAUGGUACUUCUUCCAUUGGUUCCUCGGAAUCGCAAUCUGCGCCACGGGCAUCGUGAAUGUUUACAUUGGCCUUCGUACCUACCAUGAGAGAACCGCCAAGAGCGUGAGGCUCUGGACUGGCCUCCUCACCGUUGAGGUCAUCUUCCUGGGUUUCUUCUACCUCAUGAUAGACAGGUGGAGCUACAUGAUGAAGCAAGGCCACGCCUCCGUUGAGCAGCUAAGGCCUACCGAUAAUCGAAGAACCUAUCCGACCACCCUUCGGAAAGAGUUAGCUAUCGUGCAAGAGUGAGAUCUCCAAAUGGAAAGGCAAUAUUGGAAGGCGAGGUGCUGUACAGUUUGCUGAAGAAGAUAGUAAUGUUGCUAAUGGUUUGGUAACUUGUUUGCUUUGAGAGGUGUGACGUUCUUUAGAACAUGUGAGAGUGUGCAUUCCAGAAUAUUGUACAGCUUUUACAGUUGAGUUGAGAAUGCAGAGGACUGAAGCCUCUGGUGUUGAAUCUUGCACAUCGACCUCUGGGUUCCCAUUAGAGCAACCAUUUGGAAAGUUGAUCGGUUGGCAGACAGCUGUAUCAUUAUACUAGCAUGUCUUUUGGGGCCAAAUGUUCAGAACUGUGCUUAGUGUCCAUGUUCACAGGUUUGUCACAAAUUAGCACUUUAGGAUAUGCAGCAUUUCAAGGGCUAAAGACAGGAAGAGAUCGCCUUAUAAAUUUGUAACACGUGACCUUUUUUUAUGCA